UAUAUAGAAGUAUACAACUAUUUGUUAGGGGUAUUUACGCCAAUUCACAUCUCUGACGAUGGUGGUAUAUGGUAUGGUUACUACAUGUUCUUGUUCCCGAGAGCCAGCUACGGCUUCAGGUUGAACUCGAGAAGGUCAUAGAAUUGGGAGUGUGGAUAAUGGCAGAAAAGCUUAUGCAUGCGGUUCAGUACAGUGGCUAUGGCGGAGGACCUUCUGGCUUAAAGCAUGUUGAAGUUCCGAUUCCUAAUCUGAAUAAUGACGAUAUACUGCUGAAAGUGGAAGCAGCUAGUCUAAAUCCAUUUGAUUGGAAAGUUCAGAAAGGCAUGCUGAGGCCUCUACUCCCUCGGAAAUUCCCUCAAAUACCUGGUAAUGAUGUGGCAGGAGAGAUUGUUAAGGUUGGAGAGGCAAUAAAAAAUUUCAAACCUGGUGACAAAGUUGUAGCAAUGAUUAACCCUGCUAUUGGAGGUGCACUAGCUGAAUUUGCAGUGGCCGGGGAGAAAGUGACUGUUGCAAGGCCACCUGAAGUUUCAGCAGCCGAUGGUGCGGGGUUACCUGUAGCGGGUCUAACUGCUCACCAGGCCCUCACCCAAUCUGCUGGGAUCAAGCUAGAUGGAACUGGCAAGCAAGCAAAUGUUCUGGUUACUGCUGCCUCUGGAGGUGUGGGUCAUUAUGCAGUUCAACUAGCAAAACUUGGAAAUGUACAUGUUACAGCCACUUGUGGGGCUCGAAACAUCCAACUUGUUAAGAGUUUAGGUGCUGAUGAAGUUCUAGACUACAAGACUCCAGAUGGGGCUGCCCUGAAUAGCCCCUCAGGACGGAAAUAUGAUGCAGUAAUCCACUGUGCAACAGGUAUUCCUUGGUCUACUUUUGAGCCUAAUUUGAGCGAGAAUGGGAAGGUAAUAGAUAUCACUCCUAGCCCUAGUUCUCUGAUAACUUAUGCUUUCAAAAAGCUUACCUUUUCAAAGAAGCUGAUGGUGCCAGUAAUCCUAAAUCCCAAGGGUGAGAACCUGGAUUUUCUUGUUAAGUUGGUGAAAGAAGGAAAACUCAAAACAAUUAUUGACUCAAAAUAUCCCCUAAGCAAGGCAGAAGAUGCAUGGGCUAAGAGUAUUGAUGGUCAUGCUACAGGAAAAAUUAUUGUGGAGCCAUAGUGUAAAGAUUUUGAUUGGAUUUACUGGAUCAAUGUUAGUAUGUACUUGAGGAAUUUUAAGGUAAAAUUUUCAAGUAAUGGUGUGGAUUACUAAAACUUAUGCUUAUCCAAAAUAAUAAUGUAUAUAUGUAAAUAUCCUGUUGAGUUUUUGUUCACUAUGAUAAAAGAGUAAACUUUUAGCA